UGGGUUCCUAGGGGACUUGAAUCUUGUGCUGAUGCGAUUAGCCACAUUGUAGACUUCGAUGACUGGUAUACAACCCCUGAGUUCUUCGCACACUUGGACCGCCUUUGGGGUCAACAUACAGUUGACAGGUUCGCGAAUGCUGCCAACGCCCAUCUUCCCAGAUUCAAUUCUAGGUUUCGCGUACCCGGCACUAAAGCUGUUGACGCAUUUUCACUAUCGUGGAAUGGAGAGAAUAAUUGGCUAGUCCCUCCCGUCCACUGCAUUACUAGGGUGGUUCAGCAUCUCCCUGUAUGCGGUGCGGUUGGUACUUUAGUCGUCCCUUAUUGGCCGUCUAAUGUGUUUUGGCCUUUCUUGUUUGCAAAUGCAAUUCAAUUCCAAACGUACGUCCUUGCGUACAUUCAUUUUCCCGACUCGUCAGGGAUUUUUGCCCUCGGGUGUUACAAAGAUUCACUCAUUGGUUCAGACAGGUUUAACAGCGCGGUCCUGGCAGUCAGAAUUGGCGCUAAGGGGCCUUAGUUCUUUCACGCCGAGUGGCUUUAUGUUGGUCCACGUGUUUUUUGUUCCGCUCCUCAGUUCUUUUGUUCUUGUUUCGCAUGAAACUAGCUCGCCGAGUGGCUUUUUUACCUUUGUUUUUGAGUUGGCCCAUAUGGCCUUAAAUAGUUUUGCAUCCAGUCAGCGGCAUUAUCAAGCGUCCAUUUUUUAUUGCUAUAUUGACUCCCAGUGCGUGUAUGGAAGAAUUUUGCCAUGUAUUUUUGUUCUUAUCCUCGUAGAAGUUCUUCAAAGAUGCCUUGCAGCCUAAUUUUCAACAGGUUGAAGACAGGCUACUCCGGGCACCGGUUCAAGAUCUCCCCGCAGUUCUUCUUAAAUCCAAAGCCGACAGUACCGCGAGGAAGUACGAAAAUGGCUUUGAUACUUGGAGAAAAUGGGCUUUUCAGUUUAAAGAAAUUGUAAUAUUUCCGCUUCUAUUGUACGCGUUUCAUUGUUUUUUCUUAGCUUGAUUCAAGAAUGUGCUUCUUGCAGUACUAUUGACGAAGUGCAUUAUGGGCUCAAGUGGGUGCAUGAUUUGGCAGGUCUGCCCGACCCCUGUAAGUCCUCGUUAGUUUUACCUUUAAUAGAAUCUGCUAAGAGGCUUCUCAGUAUCCCUGUUAAAAAGAAAGAGCCUGUGACCCCUGAGGUUAUUCAGCUUUUAUUUGCUAAGUAUGGAUCGUCUUCAGCUAGUUUGUCUGAUUUACGAGUGCUUACUUUGUGCGUUUUAGGUUAUGCAGGGUUCAUCGAAGUAAGACUGACGUUUACAGUAAUGCGGCUUGGGUUGUUAUCGCUAAAACUUUCAAGCAUACAUGUCCUUAUUUAUUAGUUCAACGAUAUUUUGUGGCCGCUUCUUUUUCAGCGGACAGCGAAGAGUUCAUUUUUCUCACUCUUGUUUUCCUUCGCGAUACCGGAGCUUAUAAAAUGCGCGGGUCUGUUCCUUUGUCUUAUACUAGAGCGCGGGAGAUAGUGCUUAGCGCUUUCGAUUCCAUUGGCCUUCCCAAGCAAGACUAUGGUCUCCAUAGCCUUAGGGCUGGAGGUGCCUCCGCUGCUGCUAAUGCCCGAGUGCCUGACAGAUUGUUUAAAAGACGCGGCCGUUGGAAAUCAGACAAGGCAAAAGACGGCUACAUUAAGGAUAGUGUUCAUUCAUUGUUGUCGGUUUCGUUAUCACUGGGUAUUUAA